CCAUAGUGUACUGAACAGUCAGGAUUCAAGCGCUCAGACUGAGAACUGCCUUCUGAUUGGACAAGGCAUCACCCACUUCUAACAGGAAGUGACGUACCGAGCUUGGCUUACUGGCUACAGAUGCGCAUGUGCGAAGCGAGGAAACCGGACAUCUACACCGAGACCGUGCGCGCACCCGGGGCUAGGUGGGAGUGCGCUGGGGAGGUGAAGUAUAGCGCAGUAGUGAAUGAUACAAGUAUCACAGAGAGAGUGGGAGUAUGUGAGAGCUGUAGGUUCGGGUAUCUACGGGUUAAAUGCGUGUGUGAGCCAGUCACGUACGUAAUAUAUGAACUGAACACACUGCCCGGCGAAAAAACAACAACAUUAUAAGAGUCGUGUUAUCAAUGUAAUGCUUAUUGUUCUCUCAGUGUGCUAAAAAUGUGGAAACCGAAUUCCAAAAUGUAGAUUAUACUGAGAGUAUAAAGCUGUGAGAGGAGCUCCUCCGUGCAGCUAGUUCUGCCUACAUUUUAUAAUUUGCUUUUCACUUCAUUAGAGCCAAGCAAUAAUCUGAGAAAAUGAUUCGGUAAUAAUCAAGACGUCAAGUACUCUGCUACGUUUGCUAUCCUCUUCAGUUUACUGAGCUGCAUCUGGAUAGUUCCAUGUUUAGAACUCCGCCAAAUCAGCCAGAAUGCUUCUUGCAAUAGCUCAAGAUUAUGAAGCUACAUGGUCUAUUUUCCCUUCCCUCCUCUAUUGUUAUCCCUCUCACAAUUGUCAAUCGGGUAAGGGAUUAGGAGGGACUACAUCUUCUGAUUCCUCUUUAUUGAAGGAACCCACAAAUACCAUAACCACUACAGUCAACUGUAGUAGUUAUGGUCCCAGUAGUUCCAUCCUAUGAAAAAAUUCAAACUGUUUAGCAGGCAUAAACCCACAGCCACAUCUGCCACAUUCAGUCUUGUCCAGCAGGAGAUGCCAGAUUGCUAAGUAGACAGCAUAAUGGCAGUGCUCAUUAGUUAAAGGGACACUAUAGUCCCCAGAACCACUAUAGCUUAAUCCUGCAGGCUGAGCAAUGAAAAACGCUGGCCUUUCAGGGAAAAGACAGUGUUUACAUUGCUGCCUAGUUACAAUUCAAGUGGCAGUAACUGGAGGUACUUCAUAGUCCAGUACUGCACAGUGUGCAGUACCUAAGUACAGACUCUCCAUGGUCUGCAUGGAGCCAGUAAAUGCUUUUCAUAGAAGUACAUUGAUUCAAUGCAUCUCUAUGAGGAGAUGCUGAUUGGCGUUGUGUGGUGUUUUGCUGUGCAUGCGCAAUUACCUUUUUACUCGACAGAGAGUGGGUGGGGGACCUAAACAUUUAUUCCAAAAAUUUAGUUUGAGGAAUGCUUGUUUGUAUUCUUAACGCUAGUGUUCCUUUUAACCCCUUCACGACCGAGGACGGUUCAGGACCGUCAUCGGCAUUUUUGCCUUGCAGACCGAUGACGGUCCUGAACCGUCCUAACGGUCUGAGUUACUUACCUGAUCGCCGUCGUUCCCCCGGCGGCGAUCAGCGUGGCUCCGGUUGUGGGGAGACUGCCUGCAGCCCAGACAGUCUCCCCACACUGAAUUAGGACCCCUGUGGCCAUGUGAUCGCUCAACAGAGCGAUCACAUGGUCACAAUAGGUGUCCAUGUGUCUGACUGCAGGGGGACUGCCUGUGCUGACAGGCAGUCUCCCUGCUAGUGUAAAAUAAAAAAAAAAUAAAGUUAGUGUUAACAAAAAAAUAAUUAUAUAUGUGUAUAUAUGAUAUAUAGACAUAUAUUAUACGUAUAUAAUAUAUGUCUAUAUAUCAUAUAUAUAAUGCCAUACUAAGUGUAUUUUUAUAUUAAUAUAAAAAUACACUUAUAAUUAAAUUACACACGUGUGUAUAUAUAUAUAAUAACUAUAUAUAUUGUAUAUAUAUUAUAAAUAAGUAAUUUAAAUUAAAUAAAAAAUUUUUAAAUAAUAAAAAUUUUAAAAAAUUAUAUAUCUAUAUGAAAUUUUAUUCUAACUGUAUUUUAAAAUUAAUAUAUAUUUAUAUCAAAAUACACUUAGAAUGAAUUUGUAUAUAUAUCUAUGUAUAUAUAAAUAAAUAAAAAUAAUACGAAAUAUACAUAUGUCCAUAUACAAAAUUACAUAAAUAAUUAUAGAAAUAUACACGUAGACUUCAAAUAUAUAAAUAUGCAUAUAUAUUUAAAUUCUACGUGCGUAUUUAUGUAAUAUUUUUACAUAAUUCAGUAAUUUUAUUGAUUGCAAUUUGAGGGACCUGCCUGCCAACCCAGGCCGAAAUUCCAGAGAAUUGAAUUUGCUAGCACUGUAUUUUACCCUGUAACGUUCUACGACACCCUAAAACCUGUACAUGGGGGUACUGUUUUACUCGGGAGACUUAGCUGAACACAAAUAUUAGUGAUUCAAAACAGUAAAACAUAUCACAGCGAUGAUAUUGUCAGUGAAAGUUACUUUUUUUGCAUUUUUCACACACAAACAGCACUUUUACUGAUGAUAUAAUUGUUGUGAUACGUUUUCAGUUUUUAAACACUAAUAUUUGUGUUCAGCUAUGUCUCCCGAGUAAAACAGUACCCCCCAUGUACAGGUUUUAUAGCAUUUUUGAAAGUUACAAGGUCAAAUAUAUGGGUCAAAUAUUUUUACAGUGAAAAUGGCCAGGUUGGUUACGUUGCCUUUGAGAGCGUAUGGUAGCCCAGGAAUGAGAAUUACCCCCAUGAUGGCAUACCAUUUGCAAAAGAAGACAUCCCAAGGUAUUGCAAAUGGGGUAUGUCCAGUCUUUGUUAGUAACCACUUGGUCACAAACACUGGCCAAAAUUAGAGUUCAAUUUAGUUUUUUUUACUUUUUUCACACAAAUAAAUAUGAAUGCUUACUUUGGCCAGUGUUUUCGACUAAGUGGCUACUAAAAAAGACUGGACAUACCCCAUAUUGAAUACCCUGGGUUGUCUACUUUAAAAAAAAUAUGUACAUGUGGGGUGUUGUUCAGAGAUUUAUGACAGAUAAUAGUGUUACAAUGUCACUAUUGAUAAAUUUUAAAAAUGUAUGUUUUGAAACCGCAAUAUCCUACUUGUACCUAUAGCCCUAUAACAUGCAAAAAAAAGCAAGUAAACACUGGGUAUUUUUAAACUCAUGACAAAAAGGAGUAAAAGAUUUUUCAAGUAAAAGUCAAAAAACAUGUAUUUUUUUAAAUUUUUCAUCAUAUUUUUUUAUUUUUUUUAAAAUUAAAAUACAUGAGAUUAUAUAACUAAUGGUAUGUAAAGAAAAGCCCCUUUUGUCCUGAAAAAAACAAUAUAUAAUUUGUAUGGGAACAGUAAAUGAAAAAGCGAAAAAUUACAACCAAACACCACAAAAGUGUAAAAAUAUGCCUGGUCGCAAAUGUACAACAUCGCAAAAACAGUCCAGUCCUUAAGGGGUUAAGCAUAUUAGCUGAGCUCUCUCUGUAGAGUAAAUCACAGCAGAAGUAGAACCGUACUCCCUGACAGGGACAUCUGACUACCUGCGCACUAUAUACAAUCCCUAUACACCUUUAACUAACAGGAGGUUUUUAGUAUCACUCCAAUGGCCAAUUAAGUGGAAGCUCACAUGCCUCGUUAAGGCAAUCAUCUUGCGUGAGUCCUACACUAGCAAUUCACCUUGCUGCUUUCAGUUAAAAGGUGAAAACUCUGAGGCAGGCUUUUUUUUUUUUAGUUCUAUAUACUUGGGCUGAUGUAUAUUAUAGCCAUUGCCGCUGCCAAGGAGUAAUGGGAAUUUGAGUACAGGGCUUAAUUUAGUGUGUUUUGUAACUUUAUUUGUUUGAUACAUAUUUUAAUCUAUAUCUUGUAUGGAAUUUGGAUAACUUUGUUUUGCUGAUAUUUAACCAAUCUCUGUAUUGUUAUAUAUUGUAUGUGCAUGUUCUGUGUGAAACGCCAUUUGCAAUUAGGAUUUCUGGAAAGUGGAAACACAUCACUUAUGCAUGCUAAAGAGCAGCAUGUGUACUGUUCUCCUCAUUUCUAUGUAGACUUAAAAUUCUGCUUGUGGUAAACUAAUCCAUUUCAUUGGGAUUCCUGCACUAGUUUGCUAUCUGUAGUAUAUGAAUUCUUUGUAAAAAUAUGCAUUAUCUUUCAUGAGUUAAAGGACCACUAUAGUGCCAGGAAAACAAACUCAUUUUCCUGGCACUAUACAGUUUUUGGGUACCCCCCACCCUUUAGGUCCCCCUCCCGCCGGGCUCAAGGGAGAGGAAGGGGUUAAAUUCUUACUUUUCUCCAGCACCCUGGACUCUCCUCCCUCUUCCGACGUCAUCCGCUGAAUGUGCGCAUUCAGUCAGUCCAUAGGAAAGCAUUUCUCGAUGCUUUCCUAUGGGCGCUGGUAUCUUCUCACUGUGAAAAUCACAGUGAGAAGCACGGAUGCGCCUCUAGCGGCUGUCAAUGAGACAGCCACUAGAGGCUGGAUUAACCCUAUUGUAAACAUAGCAGUUUCUCUGCAACUGCUAUGUUUACAGCAGGCAGGGUUAACCCUAGAUGGACCUGGCACCCAGACCACUUCAUUGAGCUGAAGUGGUCUGGGUGCCUAUAGUGGUCCUUUAACCAUCAGCAUGGAAAAAGUGAUGUGUGUUCAGGAAAAUCUGUUUGGUAAGGAGGCAUAGUAAUUGGGGCAUACACACGAAUUGCUGAACAGUUUCUAAAAGCACAAGAUAUAGGUAAUUUGUUACUUUGCCUCAGUAUGUAGCUGUUCACCACUGAAUCAAUCAGAACACGGCUUACUCAAUAAAGAAAGCAUAUACGUGUUGUGUUAAAAGAGCAUUCUACAAUUAUAAAUCUAUUUAACAUUAAAGGAUCACUAUAGGGUCAGGAACACAAACAUGUCUUCCUGACCCUAUAGUGUUAAAACCAUCAUCUUGGCCCCUCAUGCCUCCAUAAAUAUAGCAAAAUCUUAGUGUGCCCCCUUUUAACCCCUUAAGAACACAUGACAUGUCACGAUUCCCUUUUAUUCCAGAAGUUUGGUCCUUAAGGGGUUAAAAAAUAAAAUGUUUUUACUUCAUCUGUAAUCCAGUGCCUGGCAAUCUUUGUUGGGUUUCAUUUAUUGUAUUUUGAGAGCUUCUGUCCAAUGAGCAGUGGUCACCUUCUGGAACUGAAUGCAUUUGGAGAUGCCUCAGUUUUAAGUCUUACAUUUUAUAAAAUUGUCUGAUUCCCACAGCCAGCGCUUGGGAGUGGACAGAACUUUAAGGCGGAAACUCAAAGUUUUGUCAUCCUCUGGCUUUGCCGCAAGACAAAGUAGUCUUAUAAUAUCUUUUGGCUAUGUUGUAAUUUUACUGAAAUUCCAAUGUAGUCAAAAAUACCAUCAAUAUCAUCAACAUUUCUCUUUAUGGAAUUUGCUGGCGCUAUAUAAAUAAUAUAAUAGUAAUAACGAAAUACUCAAAAUUGUUGGUAAGAUAACCGAGCUACUUUAAAUCUUGAUGCAUAAAGAUGUUUAUCCAGCAUUUUCUUAAUAGUCCACAAAGAUGAAAAAUGGCCAAAACUUUGCUCUCUUUAUGAUUAGAGUACAACACUGCUGUUUCUUUUUUUCUGCUGUACUAAAACAGUCAUAAUGCUUUCGCUGGGUACUAAAACAGUCAUAAUAUGCUUUCGCUGGUUCUGCUUUAGUACUGUUACCUUAUUAUAAACCUUUCUUAACUGAACUACCUUGUGCACACCAGGUUGCUGGGUUGCUCAUGUGACAAAUGGCAAAUGCAGAAGUAACAGUCCCAAUGGGGGACGUAGUGGUGAUUCCCAGUGAUUGUGCCGAGGGUGAGGAUCCAGAAGAUGCAAAAACUCAGGUCAUCUUGCAGCUGCAGCCAAUACCCCAUGGGUAAGUAUUGUAAACCAGACUCUACUUGCUAAGUCAAAAAACAUAGCUCCUUAUACAUCUUUGUUCUAUGCCAACCCAUCAUUCCAAGUAUGCUCCAAUUGUGUUACUUGUCCCCCCACAGGUUUUGGGUCUUAGCUGACAUAAAUCUCUUCUCCAAUUUUCAAAACCAUUUAACAUUAAUAUAAAGUGUUGACAGUCUACUGCUUGACUUCAUUGUGCUUCUCUUUCCAACUGAUAUUUUUUCUUUUUGGCAGCAGUCCUUUUUUUUUUUUUUUACCAGAACAGCAUAGAUAUAAAGCCUUCACAGUUUCAUACCUCCUGAUGUGGAACUACACCACAAACACAUCCUGACACACUGUUUAACCUUUUGAUCCUCCUGCUUUUUUUCUCCUGGUUGUACUAAAUCCAGCUGUGCUCACACAGGAUUUAUGGGGAUGUAUCAGAUACCAAUGCUGCUGUUGUUUCCUUGGAAACGCACACACUCAAGAUGGGAGACACGCUGGGUAAGUAACAAUUUCAUUCCCUGUAACAGCUUUUGUCCAGCACUAAAUGAAGUAAUUUAACAGUAAAACAUAUGCUUGUGGUCUACAGAUGGUGGUACAGUGGAGCUGAGUGAGGAUAUUGACAUUGCAUAUCCAAUUACUUGUGGGGAAAGCAAGGCCAUCCUGCUGUGGAAGAAAUUUGUCUGUCCAGGAAUAAAUGUCAAAUGUGUUAAGGUGAGGGCAGUGGAACUGUGGGUUACAGUUGCCAUAACCCAUUCACGUAAGAGAUUUCAGAAUAUUGUAAAGCGCCCCGGAAUCUGUUGGCGCUAUAUAAAUGGCAAUAAUAAUAAAUGAAUUAUAAUUUUAAAGUGGGAUUUACACUUUGUAUGAACAAGACUGGGCAAAUAUCAGAAAUCUGAUAUUUGUUGUUUGUAAAAUUAUAUGAAUGCUUUGAUGUGGAUAAAUGUACUGUCUACAAAAACGCAAAAAAAAAUAUCUGUUCAACUUAAGUUUAUGCACUUGAUUUGCAGGUGGGCCUAAAAAAGGCAACUUCACUUGAUAAAACACAUUCAUUGUUUGAUCCAAUAUUAUUUAACCCCAUAUCACAUUUCAUAUUUAUGAUAUAUACCACAAUAUAAAAUUUACAUACAUAGUUACUCAGUCAGGUAGUUGAACUGGAAAAAUUAGCAGGGUUCGAGAAUGUUUUAAAUUGGUCUUUUUUACUAAAAUAUUUAGUCAAUCCUGAAUGUGCAUGUACAUUUUCACAUGUCCUAUCUAUCUAUUCAUAAAAUGGUGUGCUUGUAUAUUGAAUAGGGGCUACAACAUCCCUACAACUACCACAGAAGUAUACUAUUGCUUACUAUUGUUGCAGCCUGGUUUACUGGCCCCAUGUAUUUAACAAGACAGAUGUUUGCUUGUAUUAAUCUCCAACAGCAAGGUCUCCUUUCAUGCAAAAAUUUGGCUCAGAUUUAAAAAACAAAAAAAAUCAAACAAACUGGAAUUGUGUUGUGUUUUUUAGUAAGCAAAAAGGUUUUGUCUGCAUUGAAUAUUUUAGUCUAUUUUCAGUUUCCAUGAAGCAGAAUUACAGGUUUUACAUAUGCAUUUAACUUUAUCUUGGCUUUUAUUUAUGAUUACACUCACUCUUCUUUUUAGAAGUCAUGCCCCUAGUAUGAAAUUUGUGAAAAAUGUUUGAUACACCCUUUGCAUUAAUGAUUGUAUAAAUAUAUUCACGGGAAAAGGAAUUUUGUACAUUGAUGCUCCAUUCCACUUUAUAGUGGUUGAGUCUCAUACUGUAUCUCCUCUGGUUUCAGUUUAAUGAUCAGCUGAUCAGUCCCAAACACUUUGUUCAUCUAGCUGGAAAAUCUACCUUAAAGGACUGGAAACGAGCCAUCCGCUUGGAGGGAGUCAUGCUGAGGUGCGUACAGUUACCCUUUCAAGUGUAGAACUUGAACUAGUAUGUGGUAUACAAGCUAGCAAUCCUGUCAUUGUCAUACUAGUUCUUACAUUUAUAUAGUGUACAAUGAGAUUGCAUUGACUUUUGUGAACAUAAAAAGAAGAUGCCCCCUCUAAACAGCAUCUUGGUUCUAAAAAUAAAUGCAGAAUGUACAAUAUAAUCAUUUUUUAUGUGAAAAUCAUACAUGUUGAAAAAAACUAAUUGCUUGGCAUAUAGUUGAGAACGAACACUGACAGCUGUAUCCAAAUUGGGGGGAAAAUAUGAUGAGCAUUUACUACCUAAGAGAAUAUAAUUACUUGUAAGUAAUGAGAAUGUUACUAGAACACUCAAUAUCAUGUAUUUGUAUAAGCUAAAAGUAUUUUUAAAAUUUGCAUGCUAUAUUUUCUAUUUGUGAUGAUGAGCGGACUGGCGGGAAUUUCAAAUCUCGGCGGCAGAUUUAGCUGUGUUUUUUUUACAGGCCUUGGGGCUGUAGAAAACAAGCCGAUUGAUCUUUUGCUUCCCACUUCAUGGAGCCAUCGUUAUUACUCGUUUUGGACCCUGACAAUCAUGUUGUGCUGUGUGAAAUGUUAGAUUUCAUGUGACUAUUUACAUUUUGAUGGAUUUGGCGCUAAAAUUUUUAUUUUUUUUGUUCAACUUGUUCACUCCAGUGAUUUAUAAAUACCAACCAUGAUCACCAAAUAAUUCUAACACUUUGAAGCUAAUAAUAUUUUUCUGUAAAUACUUAAAUGGAUCAUAUUAACAAUUGCACUGUUUCCAAUGUAUUUCUAUUUUUCUGUCCUGCAUUGAUUUGUUUCUGUGUUCUAAUGUCCAAAAAAACACAACAUAAUUUACCUAAAUAAGCCACCUACAUUUAUUCUGUCUUAUGGUGGGUUUAGUUUGUAUCACAUUUGCAUGUCCAAAAUCUGAAUCUGAAUUAUAACUCUGGUUUUCUAUUUGUUCCUCUCUGCAGGAAAAUGAUGGAUUCAGGGCAGAUUGAUUUCUACCAGCAUGAUACAGUCUGCACAAAUACAUGCCGAAGUACCAAGUUUGACCUCCUGAUUAGUAGUGCCCGUGCACCAGUACCGGGGCAGAGCAACGUUGUACAGGCUUCUACCACAGGAGAAGGUAUAGGGUAGCCUCUUUAGGACAGGACCAUGUGAUACAGGAAUAUGGAUUUGAUUUCCUUGGGUUGAUUGGAGACACUGUUACAAUUGUUUCCUUAUACCUAGUAGAGCUGUGAGAGCUGGAUUAUGGCUAAAUGACAAACCCUAUGGAUAAAAGUGUAGUUUACCCGACGAUCUAUUCCCUCUGCAUACAGCGUUUAUAACAAUUUAAAAUGUCUCUGUGCAGAGUUAAAUUUUGAAAUGCUGCACAUACAGACUCCAAGCAGCAUGACAACUGCAAUAGACAAGUGGUUAUGGUGCUUGGAGUAACAGUUUAUUAAAUAACCCUGAAUGUUUUGACAAAUGUUCUUGAAUUAAAAGUGAAUUUCAAAUUUAAGGCCACAAUAGCCAAACUGAAAGCAUAGUUCAUAUUUUGACCAGUUAGUCCUAUUUUGAAAUUCACGUGGAAUUCUCAUUUUACUAAAUAACCCUAUUUAUGUGUGUGGUUAAGCAGCACUGUUGGGUUUUGAGAUUUUUAUAGAUAAAUGUCCUAGACUGCACCGGAUUUACUUUUUUACCUUUUGAAAAUCGUAUAGUGAGCAGUUAUGCAUGAUUACAAAGUUAGGAUUACUUUUUGUGUAUGGUAUACCUUGAAGAGACCUGCAGCCUAAUGGCAUUAUAGACACUGCACUGCAGUGGUUCGCUAGCUUGGAUUUAACCCUUUCAACAAAAGCAAAAGUGGCAAGAUAUGCCACCAGUGUCCUUGUGCUGUUCAAUGAUAAGAAGUCAAACAUUUUAAGGAUGGUUUGACAACCUAUGUGGUACCUGCCAAGUACACUGUGUCUUACUUCUCCAGAAAAAGAAGCAGCCAAAUAUCGCUAUAGGAAAAAAAAAAAAUCAUGGCUAAUGCAAAACCCACACUCAUGCUGAGAGCAUCAGCAAAGAGCUCUUCACCAAUGAGCGCAGUCAUAAAUUGGCUGUUUUAUUCUUUAGAGACGCCCCAGUUGUCAAACUUUUUGAUUGUUCCCUGUGAGAUGGCGCCAGAGAAAUGCUGACCCUGUAGCUAGUAUAGUGGUUAUAGUGCUUGAAUUAUUCUUUUAAUGACUGCACAAGCGUGUGUUCUGGUCAUAUGUGCAUCUUUUUAUAUAUUAUGUGUAGCUUAAACCUGCCCUAAAGGUAUAAAAUGGAAGAUUCUACGAUUUCCCUAAUCUAUAGCGCAGGGACAAACAUUUUUUUUACAUGGACACUAUGGCAACUAAAACAACUUGAGAUCGUUUUAGUCCUAUAUGCUGCAUUUUGUUGUAUGCUCAAAUAUGGAUAGGUUUUGGAAAGUUCUGUCUAUAGGCAUAGCCACCUCCCUCUUUCCGACAUCAAUCUUGCCUUAGUCCUGCAUAUACACAGCUCAGCCAUUGACCGUACUGGACAAUGACCCGAGCUGCAGGAAACCCAGAAGCUAUCCUGACAAGGAGAGGACAUCCGGUAAAUAGGUAGUAAAUAUUUCUCUCUAUGUGCAUGCCUAGUUAAGGUUGCUUUUAUAUCCCAGUCAUGUGUUUAUGCACCUGGGUAUGAAAGGUCUGUUUUGGGAUUUAAUAUUAUAACCAGCAUUUCACAUGUAAUAGCAAACUGAAAUGGAAAUUUUAAUCACUUUAGUAGCUCCAUAGGUCUUUGCCCGACCUGUCAGUUGUGAAUGAAAGUCUUCACAAUGAGGCUGCACAGCAUUGGGAACUGCACAGCCUCGUAGGUCUAUGAAUCUUGUGAUUAUUUCAUAGCAGAUGGUGAUGUCAUUAGCUAUGAAAGUGCUAUGUAGUAGAUUUACUCCUGAACAGGCAAAUGUCAUCUUCCCCUUCCAGUAGUGAUAAAUGUUGCUGGUCCACAGUCCACCGUGGUGGUAUAUAUAUUUCAUAAAACUAUUUUGCUGGUGUUGUGGCUUUAUGUUCACUGUAUGCAGUAAUAGAGAGAACCCAAUUGGUAUACCCAAUAUUACAUAAGCAAAGGGCUAUUAGCCUUACUUAUUGAAUUUCUUUUCAAAGGUAGCCUGUCUACAGUGGCUGUGUCAGAGGAAACCGUGGAAGAUGGAACAGUUGAGUGGGGCUCAAGUCUCACUGCCACAAUGCAACUAAAUAGAGAGGAUAGAAGCAAAAAAGAAGGAGAAGAGAUAUCUGGUAAGAUUGUGUACAGAUGAAUUUUGAAAAAGGAGUUGGUAGACUAACUGAAUUCUCACUUUCGUGAAUAACUCUAAUUGAAUUUAAAAUUAAAGGCCAGAGUAGCCAAACUGAAAGUUUUCUUAGAAUUAGCAUUUCCAUUUCUGCUAUUUUUAACUUAAAUUUGAGAUUUACUUUGGUGGGGAAAAAAGUCUAGUGUGACUUUAAAGGGUUACUCUAAUCUGCACUUUUGUGCUUGGAGCAGAUGUGCUUGGCAGCACCUGCAAGGGUAAACUUCUAUCUGCCAGCCCUCUAGCCUCUCUUUGUUUCUUAUUGCUCUGUUUUUGUAUUUUUAUUUUUUAACCACUACCUUUGUUACCCACUUCCAACUUUCUUUGCUUAGAGAGUGCAUGUGUCAAAUGCUUUUCUAUGCUUCCUUAUGUUUUAUGGAUAUAUUUUGUCUAUCUAUUCUCCCCUUUGUUAUAUGAAGUUUUGCCUCCUUAUACUUCCCCUUUUUGUUACUGAAAACUCGAUUUUUGCAAAUAUUUCUUUCUGACUGUUCGUUCGAAGUAAAGUCCUGUUAAUCCACAUUCAACUCAUCGGUUCAUUUACCUGUGGAGUCUUAUUCAAUUAAGUAUCUUGGAUAUGGAAUAUGGGGGGAGGAGGGGAGUGACGAAUAUCAAAGGAUUUCAUGAAUUUAAUUUUUUUUUCCCUGAAGAGGAGACUUUGCUGUUUUGGAAAGGUAUUUCUGAUGUGGGCCUAAUGGAUGAAGUUAUCAGCAAGGUUCAAAAUGAAAUAGAGGUUCUUUUGAGUGGUGUCCAACAACGAAUGAACGAUUCUCCAUUCCAGGUGGCAGGUUGGUACCAUAGACUUUUUAAAAAGUGUUUCAAAGUUGAAAAGCGUGGCUUAAUUGCCUUUUGUGAUUCUUACUGGAAUGCGAACAUGUGAAAGGUCCCUCAGGUGAUAAUUUACUUUUUUUCAUAAUUUAAAAAAAAGAAAAUUAGAGAGCUAAUAUGACACUGUGCAUGCAUGUGGUUUCUAAUAAUCAAUAAAUUGUACCUCAGCCCAUGUGGUUUUGAUGCUAGAAGUGUUCUCCCAGAAUAAUCUGUCAAAUUGAUUUCAAACAGUUUACACCAAGCAUGUCAAACUCAAAGGCUAACAUGGGCCAAAUAAACAAGGUUUAAGUUUAUGUGGGCCGCAACCCCCCCCCAAUCCUUACAUUUUCAUAGAAACAUAGGUUUGUUUUGAAAAGUACAGUAUAAAAAAAAACACACACAAUUUUAUUUAUUGUUCUCUACCUUUUGGAGCUGGUGUGGGGCCUCUCCCUGGGGUCCAGUGAGGAUCUUCUCUUGGGAGGUCUCCUGCCUGCUCCUCACUGCUCACUCACGUGCAGUUUAGUGAUGCUGGAAUGACGUCAUAUUCCGGCAUCACUACAGAGGGCGCGCAUGAGGUAGCAGUGGAAGGAAGACGGAGCUCCCUUGCUGCCGCCAGCGACCUGCAGUGUGGGGGAAGCAGGUGCCUACUCUGCCUUAGUAAGCAUAUAAAACUCAUGGCAAGCUGGGACGCAAAGAUAUUCAUUGUGGACCGCGAGUUUGACAUGCUUGGCUUACAUCCAUGAAUGCCAUGCCAUUCCAAAUAGUAGAGCAAUUUACUCUGGGAGAGCGCCAGGGCACUUCUGGCACCAUAAACACUGCAGUGGGCUGUAGUGGUCAUAGUUCCUAGAGGUUUUUCUUUAUUAUGUGAAACUACACUGCAUUUUUAGCCUAUUUAUUAAUUUUAUUUUUUAGAGUACUUAAAUUAACUUUUAUUGAUAACAUUAAAAAAAUGUUUAUCAUUCCCUAAUACUGGGAUAUGAAAGACAUACUAAAAAAAAAGUAUAUAUACUAGGAGACAGAACAAAAAAACAUUGAUAAUGACACUCAACAUAGGUUAGACUGAAAACAAAACAACCAAAAUGGUGCUCCUAAUUUAGAUAAAGUGUGUAUUGGAGGCAAAUGUAGCUGUUUGUAAAAACUCUCCAAAGUAGCAGUAUCGAGUAACAAAAUGCUUAAUGAAUCACCAGAUAUCACUGAGUCAUUCAGUAUAGAGGCUGCAAUCCGGUGGUUAGAUUUCUAUCAAAUAAGUGUUGAAAAGAUAAUAAAUUCUAAGGUUGUGGGUUAUGGCGAUCCCAUGGAUCUCUGUACAUAUCGUUUCAUAAAUUCUAAGCAGCAGGAAGGGUGCAAGUGCCAGUCGGUCCCUGUUAUGGUCUAAGAUUUUCCAAACUAUUUGUCCCUACAUAUUUGACAGCCAGCACUUGUUCCCCUCAUGUUGUAAGUCCAAAGUAGCAAAUAAAGCAGCUAGUGGUCCCCCCCUAUUUAAUGUUCCUCUCUUCCCCCCUCUAGUGUUCCUCUCCCCUCCCUCCCUCCCUCCUUUUUUUUUUUUUUUUAAAUUCUUUAUUUUUGCAGUGGGAAAAUUCCCUCUUGUUUUAAUGGUAGCGUACAAUCAAUCAUUACAAAGGAAUAAAAAGAAUACAAAUUUAACAUCACAUUAAGUAAUAAUAAACAUGAGUCUCUUUUGAUUGAACAUGUUAGCUUCUCUUGUGCGCUCCGUGACAAGUACGGGGAGGAAGCGGUGAGAACACAGAUCUGUAUAUCGCACCAGCUGGUCAUGCUGCUCAGGGUGUGCGGUAUGCUUUAACUUUUUGGCAUUCCGUGCGGGUUCGGGAUUAAUGGGUUGGUUUCUCAUUUUAGCAGCUCUAGCGGGCUUACUUUGUGCAACCCGGUAUAGCUCACUUUCGCCUCACGAGGGCUCAUGGUUAACUCAGUGAGUGUGUAUUGCCAGCUCAUUGACCGGGCUUAAAAUGUGCAGCUUGGUAUAUCAAGCCAACAGCUCAUGGGGGUUUUUGUUUACUUGGUUCAACUUGUUGGCAGCUUGAGCGGACCCAAAGUGGGCCGUAUAGCACUUCACGUUGGCCACCCCUGUAGGGAUACAACAUACUGGCUGCUCAUGUGAGUUUUCUUAAUAAAAACUAGAACAGAAAUAGGAAAAUAAAUGACUGAGGUACAUCCUGUUGGUGAGUCCCAUAAGGUCAAUGGUGUAGCACUUUAGUUGUGUGUAAUAACCUCAUGUUGGCGGUCUUAAUAGGUCUAUUGGUGUCGCUUAUUAACCACUCCCAUAGAAUGAAAAUAUACGCAUUGGCAAACUGCGGCGGCAGCACGUAUUAAAAUUUGAGUACACUCCUCCAUAUCACCUGUUCCCUACUCUAGUGGAGUGAGAGUAUUUAUAUAUAAGGGCAGUAGAGUAAUACAACAAAAUGGUAUUAAAUUGUCAGUACAAGACUACUAUCAGAGAAGCACAAUCUUGUUGGUUGGGGUAAUGAGCCCCACAUUGCCGUGGAUAAAUCUACAGACAUGUAUGCCCGGACUGAUUUGCUAAAACUGUAUUAUGAAAGAUACGUAAGAGACUCCAAAGUGUUUUUUCCUUUUUAUAUAUUCAUGUACCUACUGACCUAUAGCUGUACUCUUUUACACCCUAAAGACGGGAAAGAGGAAUGGGGGGGUAUAGGGAGGGGGGGUCGGGAAAGUAAUGGAAACCGUGUUAAAGGAUAGGAUUGUUGAACAUCUAAAAACACAUGGACAAUAACCGACCCAAUAGCCCAUGGGUAUGGUAGAAACUGUUAACAUCACUAUUAUCAUAUUAUAUAUUAUCUCCAACCUUAUGACUAGAUGCCACCCUCCUUAACUGUCAGGACUCUUGAUUAGUAAUAAUGACUGUUUCUAGCCAAUUUAUAUAAUGGAAGCAUGGGACAUAUGUGGCAUUGCAUGGUUUCUUGUUUUGGGAGCAAGUUUCUAGGAUAGGUAGUGCUGAUAUAAAAACAAACUAGAUGUUGUAUGUAUUUAUUUGUAUUUUUGUGUAUGCAGGCAUGCAUGUUAAAGGGACACAAUCACCAAAACAACUUUAGUUUCAUAAAGCAGUUUUGGUGUAUAGAUCAUGCUCCUACUCAACCCUCUGCCAUUUAGGAGUUAAAAUACUUUGUUUAUGCAGCCCUAGUCACACCGUCUCGCCUCCCAGCAAGUAAUGUGCAAAGCCUUCCUAAACACUUCAUGUAAAGUGAUAUCUUGUGUUUUUAUACUUUAUUGCACAGUCUGUUUUAAUUUAGAAUUUCUUACAUCUUGUUAACAGCUUGAUAAACCUUGCAGGAGCCUCCUGUGUGUGAUUUAAAGUUCAAUACAUCUGAUUGAAAAUGAAACCAAUUAUUCAUGCAGACUAUGUUAGUCUCAGCUAGGGGAGAUGUUGGCUUGGCCUGCAUGGACAAAAACAAAAAUGAUUUAACUCAUAAAUGGCAGAGAAUUGAGCAGUGAUACUUCAGAGGUAUGAUCUAUAGCUUUAUUAAGCUAAUGUUGUUUUGGUGACUAUAGUGUACAUUUAAGUAAGCAUAAAUGUUUCCUAGAUGCCUCUCUUGAAAUGUUGCGGCCCGUCUGCCCUGGGGCUGUUUUGUGCUGUGGCUCUCUGGUCCUUGUCUUGCCUCCUGUGGCCACAAGAGGGCAAAGUGCCUGUCUGUCUGCAGAGCAGGCCAGCCACUCACCCUUCCCUCCAGCUCGCAGUGCUAGAGGAGCAUGUGGCCUGCUUGAGCAGAGUUGGCACUGGAGGACGGGCUGCUCAUUGUAUUAAAUUGGGGAGGGAGCAGUGUAUUAUUUUGACGGAGGGAGGGGGCAAUAUAUUAUAUUGGGUGUGGUAGUUGGCAGUGUAUUAGAGUGGUAGGGGGGGGGGCAGUGUAUUAAUUUGGGGGCAGGAAAAGUGGCAGUUUAUUAGAGUGGUGGGAAGAGGCAGUUUGUUAAAUAUGUGGAAGGUGUAUUCAUUUGGGGAGGGAGGGGGGCAGUGUAUUAAAUUGGGUGAGGUAGUGGGCAGUGUAUUAGAGUGGUGGGAGAAGCAGGAAAUGUAGUGGUUGGAGGAGGGGCAAUGUGUUUAAAUUGGGGGGGGGAGGCAGUGUAUUUGGGGGAGGGACGCAGUAUUAGAGUGGUGGUACGGUGGGCAGUGUAUUAACUUGGAAUGGGAGGGGGGCAGUGUAUUAGAGUUUUUAUUUUUUUACCAGCUGUGCAAAAGCAUACAUUCACUAUUUCAGUCCUAUUACCAAACUUUCUUAAUAUGUCAAGGUAGUUGGACUGAAACAUUACUUUGAAGCCCUACGAGCAUAAGAACAUCCAGUGUCAGUUAGGCAACUUAUACUGUACUUUUCUAAAUAAAUAACGUUUCUAUGAAAACUGAAGUAUUUGUAUUUUUGCGGCCCACAAAAAACUUAAACCUUGUUUACAUGGCCCGUGUUAGCCUUUGAGUUUAACGUGCUUGGUGUAGUGUCUUCCUAUCCCAGAUUAUCUUAUUACUGAUAUAUGACCAUGUAUAUUUUGAAGUUGGCAUUUAGAAUAAACCAGUGUUAAAUCACUUGUUCUGUGAGGGGAAUAAAAUGACCUGUAUGACUCCUAAGUACCUUAUUGAAUAGGGUGACUUCCAUUGAUCCUCUCUACUCACUCUCCCUGAAAGAUGCCACAGUGCUCAGUAACAUUGCACACAGCUUUGGCUUUCUUGAUGCUGUUAAGAGAAUCCUGGAACAGAAAAAGAAUCAGACAGACCAGAGUGAAGAACAGUAUUAUUACACACUGACAGGUGAGCAUCCGUCAUUUACUUAUAUACUUCAAGAUUAUAAAAAAUGAAAUUGUUACGGUGUUAGUUUCUGAAAUAAAUUGACUUGGUCGUCACUAAUUCUAAUAUUUUCUGAACUUUAGUGCAGUAAUCAAUGCAAAAAUAAUAAUUUUACACCGUUAACAUAUUGUUAUUGGAUCCCUUUUCUUCUCAAUUUAUUGCUCUCUCAUAACACCCUAUUCUUCUGCUAUAUAUCAUAUGUAAUUUUUUAUGUAAAUGUUACUUCACUUCCUAAUGUAUACUUCUACCGUGAAGCUUUUAUGUUAUUGUUUUUGUUUUGUUAUGCCUCUGACAAUAAAGAAUGUAAAAGAAAACCUAUGUUGGUUUCAUUCUCCCCUCUCCUUAUCUCUACCACAAACUGCAUUUAAAAAAAAAAUAUAUUUACCAUUCCAUAACUCUAGGUCUUGGAAAUAAAAAUCUUAUUUAGAAUGUUUAGAGCUUGAACUGAAACAUUUUCUAUUGGAUUGAUGUAACAAUAAAGAAAAUGUUUAUUUCCCCAAAAAAUGGAAAUAAAAUGGCUCAUUUGUGGAAUGGCUAUUUGAUGUGUUGUUGAGCACUGGGCUUAAUGCGGUGUGUAUAGAUGCACACUGUGCAGCACUGGACCAUGAAUCGCCUCUAGUGGCCAUCUGAGUGACUGCCAUGAGAGUUGUCCCAAGGCAGCAAUUUCUAUGAAAAGGCAAUGUUUACAUUGAAAAGCCUGAAGGGGCAGGCUAUAGACACCAGAACAACUACAUUAAGUUAUAGUGUCCCUUUUAUGAAUUGCAUUUUUCUUGUUGAAAAUGAGUGUGUGUUUAGAAAAGACUGGAUCCUAACUUUUUUAGCUGAUUCUUAGAUUCCAAACAAGUUUGUCAUGCCCUGCUAUAGUGUUAGGAAUGCAAAUGCCAUAGUGAACUGCUCACUGGUUAUUAAACCAGUGAUCUGUAUUCCUUUUUCUUAUUCUCAAGGCAGACUUUCCCAAUGAUUUUCCAAAGUAUUCAUUUGUUAAUGAUUAUAUAUUUUACUAUCAUUUGUUAAGCUCAUACUUUGUAUUUCUUCCUAUGUGUAAAUAAAGAAUGUUUUAAAUGUUUACUUAAGAUCAUAACUGUUUUUGUACUCUGCAGGUUAAUAUGCAGUUAAUUAUUAUUCAGAUUAAGGAAUUUUAUUGGAAAUAUUUUUUUUUUUUUUUGUCUGGAGCAUACUUCCUGGAUGUCACUUAUUGUAUUAUGGCUGCAGAUAACAGUGAUAAACUCUGCAUGGUUCUCAGUCUGAUCUGUCAUUACAGCCCCAGGUAUUGUGCAGAGUGAUGGGAGGGGCUAAGGAUCUUGAUUGUGCACCAUAUCCUGGCUCUUUGGGGGUGGGUGGAACAAUACCUAAAAUGCUACAGUUCUGGAGGAGUUUAUGGAGGGAGGGGGUGGUAACCAGAAGCCAAUUAUGUCCUGAAUGCAAAAUAAUGUAGGUACACUUCUGAUAUUUUUAAAUGUUUUCUAAUAGAUGCUAAAUAAAAUACCUGUGUAAGUGAAUAAUUCCUGCAGAUAAUGUAAGAAAGGGGGCAGUUAAGCUAUUUAACUUUGUCAAUGGGAUGAGCACAGCAAACUAAUUUUGCAUUUCUGGAUACCUCACAUACAUUGCGCUCCUACUUAUACUAUGUUCUCCAUGAAUGAUGCCAGAUAUUUUAUUUUACACAUGUUUUUUUUCUUUUUGGCUUUUAAUGUAUAUAUAAUAAUAUAUCAUGUAUAUUUUUGAUACCAUAGAUCUGGAACGUCAGUUGGAAGAACAAAGGAAGCAGGAAGGAAGAAGGUCACCACUUCUUCAAAAUGUAGUUUUGAUGCCUGUGAACAACCCCAAACCACCCAAGAGACCUCGUCUGCAACGCCCAGCAUCUGCUGGCUCCUUGGGGACCACCUCUAAUCAACCACACUACACAGUUCUAUCACCACUCACUUUAGCUCCCGUUGGACAACAAUUCUCCUUGGGUGGACUGAGAUACACCACUGUGCUUGGCAAAGAUGGGGCAGGGGAUGCCCUAGCAGUACUAACAACUGAGAUGCAAGAAUCCGGCAGCUUGGCUGAGAUGAUGAGCCCUGUAGAGUUGGUAACCAUGGAUGCAGGACUCGGACAGGAGGGAGUUGGUGAUGAGGGGCAGACUAUCAUUCAGAUAGACCCAGCACCAGAUCCAGAAGGGGGGUCAAAGGUCAUGGAACUUGGUGAUGGAAAGGUGCUAGGAGUUGGUCAUUCUGAUGGAAUACACAAUGUAGAGAUUGUGGUGCUAGAAGAUGAUUAGGAAGGAUGAGCGUAAAUUGUGAAGGUCUGCUCCAAGUGGGAGGGAUUUUUUUUUUGUGUGUUGCGAACAGUAAAGGGAUUUAACGUUUCACUUUGAACAGUGAGAUUUGGCUUAUACUGAUGGACCUAAAUAGUAUCUUACUAAAUCAGACCUUCUGCUGAAAACUAUAUGUAUGCUUUUAUCCUAUGUGUUUUUCUGUACAGAAACUGUUAGAAAAAAAAAAAAAAUUAGAAAAUAAUUUUUUAAUUAAAUUUUCAGUGAGGUGUUUCUUUUUUUUUUUUUUUUUUUUUUGGUCCACAUAUCAGAAACACAAUUACUCACAAAUUAAAUCCUAAAAUGCCUGUUUGAUUAUUUCAACUUUUUUUUUUGUGGUACCAGAUGCAAUAUAUUUUACAGUUCAAUGUUAAAUUAGCAUAUAUAUUCUGCAGUGUUCUAGAUGUAGUAAAUGUAACCUGCAGAAACAUGUUAGAAUAAUUAUCUUUUAUAUAGCAACACCAUAUUCUACAGUGCUUUACAAUAACACCAUUGGUAUGUAAAACAACAUGGAGGUAAAUAGGGCUGUGCUCAAUCAAGCUCACAAUCUAACAGGAUGGAAAAGAAAACCGGUAAAAAUGUGUCAGAGUGGAGGAGAGGAUUAUGAAUAUGAUGCUUGUGUUUAAUUAUAGAAGAGUAGUGAAUGCAUGGAGUGUAGAGUGGAAGGAAGGGAAUGUUGAGUAGACUGUAAAAGCACAAGUAAUCCUGC